CGAGGAGACCGUGAAGGUAGCAUAAGGAUCAAGCUGGAGAGUAAAACUCGCUGCAACCGAUCAGAAACACCCAAGUCAACAACUCUACGCAAUGAUGGGACUUUUGUGUUUCAGUAACGGAGUAUAAAUGCGUAUUUUAUUUUUUGUUGAUCGAGUACGUGUUGGUGAACUACUCUGAGAUCGGUAUUAGUCGCGUGUUGUUUGCGCUCUAGUUAUAACAGAGUUCUGCUUUCAGUCGGAUGGAAGUGAGUGAGACAGGUCAGUUUUAAGACAGACAGGUCGGUUUAACAGCUCCCUCUGAGUAGAUUUAGUGUCUCUUCAGUUCAAUGUCCACAAUCAACUACGCUGAGGAGCUGGACUUCAGGCUUAUCUUUGAGGAAGACGGCAGACAGAUAGCAGGUUUUACUUCCUGGUUUUCUAACCGCUCUGUGGCACCCAGCUGGUUGUGGCGCGUAUCACCUCCUCCCUCUGUCUAUCUGCUCUCUUCAACACAUUGAGGGCUAUUUGUAAAGAAGCAUCGUGUUGAGCUACUGAGGCAGAUCACAGUUGUCGCUUUGAUGCCUUUUUUGCAUAUACCAUGCAAGGUCCAGAUCUUGAUGUGAGUACACCUCCUUCGUCUACGCAGGCUCUGGCUGAGCAGCCUAUCAGCCACGGGCUGCAGAGUCACCUGCCAUGUGUUCCCACUGCAGACGACUACCACUAUGUUGGCUACCAAUCUCAGGGCCCCCAUUACAGUGCCCAGGUGAACCCUAGAGCCUUUGACUGCCCCAGCAUCCAGAUCACAUCUAUUGCUCCUAACAGCCAUGUGGAGCCCAUUAGUAGCCAGGAGGUUUUGGCAGUGGGUGGGGCAGAGGGGGGGUUCUCUGAAGCCUCCUGGUCCAGAGACCAGCUGUAUCUGUCUCUGGACCCCUGCUACCGUGACCCAGCACUCUGCCCAAGCCCUUGCAGCAGUCUCUCCUCAAGAAGCUGGAUGUCCGACAUCUCCUCCUGCGAGUCCUUCUCACAUGUCUACGACGAUGUAGAGGGGGAACUGCUCGAUGCUGCUCGCCUUGCCCUCGGGUCCCCUCUUGGGUCACCUCUUGGGUCCCCAGGCUGUGGUGGUGGGGCCUUCGGGGUGGAGCUGUGGCAGCAGAAGUACCAGCAUCCUUCAGCCUUCAGCCCAGCACUGUCGCCACAUCAGUCGCCCCGUCAGUCGCCCCGUCAGUCACCUUGUCACUCCCCUCGCACCAGUGUCACAGAGGAAAACUGGUUGAACCGUCGGCCAACUUCCAGGCCGUCUUCUAGACCAACGUCCCCUUGUGGGAAGAGACGAUACUCCAGUGCUGACCCUCAUGCUCGCUCACCCUCACCUCACCACUCGCCCAGCCCCACUCCGGUCGCCUCUCCACGGGGCAGCGUGACAGAUGACACCUGGGUUGGAAGCCCUGCUGGCGCCCUCGGAUCCCUCCUGAUGUCUGGGUACCAGGAGCUAGAUGUCCCCUCCAAGACCAGGAAAACAUCUGGGAGCCAACUAGGUCUUGUUGCCAAUCAAGGAGACUCUGGUCUGGAGUCGUUCCAGGAUUCUCCUGGAGAUGAGGGACGAGAGCAAGAUGGCGUGGCUGAACUCUUUCUUCAAGUGCCCUCCCACUUCAGCUGGAACAAACCUAAACCUGGAAACCCUCCUUUGUUCAGGACCUCAUCACCCCCUCCACUGGACUGGCCUCUGCCUAGCCACUAUGAACCGUGUGCGCUGAAGCUUGAGGUCCAACCCAAGUCCUACCACAGGGCGCAUUAUGAGACGGAGGGCAGCCGAGGAGCCAUCAAGGCAGCUACAGGAGGGCAUCCUGUCAUAAAGUUAGAGGGGUACAGUGAACAGCCAGUCAGCGUACUGUUGUUCAUUGGGACUGCGGACGACCGAUACCUUCGUCCUCAUUCCUUCUACCAAGUCCACCGAGUGACGGGGAAGACCGUUACCACCAGCUGCCAGGAGAAAAUAAUGGGUGGCACCAAAGUCCUGGAGAUCCCUCUGCUUUCAGAAAACAACAUGUCAGCCAGCAUCGACUGCGCCGGAAUCCUGAAGCUGCGUAAUGCUGACAUUGAGCUGAAGAAAGGCGAGACAGAUAUCGGACGGAAGAACACAAGGGUGCGAGUUGUGUUCAGAGUUGCCAUCCCUCAGGCAGAUGGCCGAAUGCUGUGGCUGCAGACGGCAUCUAUUCCUGUUGAGUGUUCCCAGCGCUCAGGCCAGGAGGUUCCUCACUUAGAGAGCUUCAGUCCAGACAGCUGCUCUGUGGAAGGAGGAGAGGAGUUGCUCAUCACUGGAUCCAACAUCUCCACUCAGUCCAGGGUUGUUUUUAUGGAGAAAGGGUCAGAUGGACGGUCGCUGUGGGAAAUGGAUGCUAAAGUUGUAGCAGAAAAAAGCAGCGGAUCCAGCAUUGUGGUGGAGGUCCCUCCUUACAAUAAAAAGACAACCUGUCCGGUCCAAGUCCAGUUCUACAUCUCAAAUGGGAAGAGAAGAAGAAGUCUAACGCAGAGCUUCACCUACCUACCUGGAGUUAGACAUUACUUUCCUAUUGCUACUGGACUCAAACAGGAGCACUGGGAGCCAGACCGCAUCUCCCACAUUCCACCAGGCUUCUGUGCUCCUUCUUGCCAAGGACCCUCCCAUGACCGAGUGCUUGGCUCAGAUGUGCCUUAUUAUGAUUCUUGUGAGCUCCCGGCACAUUGUGGUCCUCUUCCACAGAGCACCACACGUCUCCACCAUCCUACCUCCUCGGUCCCUCUUCAGAACGCCUUAAUGUUCUCUCAGACCUCUUCCAUCCCUAUGCCCUCUGAGACCUCCUCAGUCCCUUCUCAGAUCUUGAGUCCUCUUCAAACCUCAGCGAUGUCUCUUCAAACCUUUACCAUCCAUCCUCAGACCACUGUCCCACCACAGCUCACCACAAAUCCUCCCCAGGUCUCUUCACUUCCUCUUCAGACCUUCACAAUCCCUCCAACAUCCGCUGGUGGAUCACGGAGGGAACUGUCUCCAUCUCUGAGUUCCAGGGGUACCUUUGAAACCCCCAGUGACUCCCAGAAGGACACUCUGCUUUCCAGCCCAGGAGAGGUACUCAGCAUCAAGCAGGAGCCAGAGGACCAGCCAAAUCUGGGAUCCUUGGGUCUUCAAGAGAUCACACUGGAUGAUGUGAAUGAGAUUAUCGACAGAGACAUCAGCAGUGUGGGCAGCAGCGACCAGCCCGACCAGUACCACCUAUACGACUGGGAGCACAAGUCCAGUGACACUGCCUUGCCGUUUUGUGGAGCUCCCCAGUAGUUCUGAUGCUUCCUCGUGAGAUGACUGCAGUGUUUCUACUACUGUUUGCAACAAAGUCACCAGAUGGUUAGGGCUGCACAAAGUGCUACAAUUUGACCUUAAAGUGCCUGAAAAUCAAAUCAGCUCCCUCUGUGGGCACGUUUUAUCAGGGUAUACGUCAGAUUACCGUUUCCCCGUCUGUCUCAGGAAUUUUAGAACGUAACUGACUCGUAUCUCACAAAUAAACCAAAGAUUUUUUAACUUUUCAUGACUGAAUAGGAGGAACUCUAAAAUGUGACAGAAGGGCUAUAAUUGGAUUUUCACACAAUCAGUAAUGCCAUUGCAGUGGCUAAAGUUCCUUGAGAAUAAGGAAAUUCUGUCAUUAUUUAUUGGCCAGUAAGUUAAAAGAUCUAUUUUUGAUAUUCUGGAUCUGAUUCAGUAAAAACUGAAGUCCUUCAGAUAAUCAUUUACAUUUUUAUAGUUUUGUUUUUCUCCGUACAGUUUACAUCUUUCGCUAAAUUAAUGCUGUUCAAUCUGAAAUGUUGUGCUGUGAAGCUUAAAACACUGAGUUUUUGAACUGUGUUGUAAGGCUGAAGUAAAAAGGAGGAUAUGUGUUUGUCCUGUGUCUGAAUGACUUCUUUAAUGGCUGAUUUGAAUCAGCUUAGGUUUCUAUUUGGAUUCAGCACUGCUUUUGGAGUAAAGAUGCCAACUGAAACAUC